CUCGAUUGAUUAUUCGUAGUGGUAGCAUUGUAACAGUGUGUCCUUUUUGACGGAAAUUUUGUGGUGACCACGUUUUGUUCGUUUCCGAAACAGCAUUAAACUAAUUACUUAAUAAAAAAUGGGUCGCGUACGUACCAAGACGGUGAAGAAAGCUUCGAAAGUAAUAAUCGAAAAGUAUUACACUCGGUUAACCCUAGAUUUCCACACCAACAAAAGAAUAUGCGAGGAAAUCGCUAUCAUUCCCACAAAACCUUUGCGCAAUAAGAUUGCCGGUUUUGUGACCCAUUUAAUGAAGCGCCUUCGUCACUCCCAAGUGCGAGGAAUUUCAAUUAAAUUGCAAGAAGAGGAACGUGAGAGACGUGACAACUAUGUUCCAGAAGUUUCCGCUUUGGAACACGACAUUAUUGAAGUGGAUACAGAAACCAAGGAAAUGUUGAAGAUGUUGGAUUUCAAUAACAUUAGCGGUUUACAGCUGACUCAACCUCCUACGAAUGCGUUUAAUAGACGUGCAUAAUGUAAUUCGUAAUUUCCAAAAAUACAUUUUUCAUUUAUUGUGA